UACUAGCAAGCCUCGGCGGUGUCUCUACACUCCUCCCGUAAAUAGCCUAGAUCAAUACCUAUAUAAGUAUAAGCAGUAUAAGCAUCGAGGAAGUAGGUAUGAUGCAGCUCUCGCUUUUCAAAUAUCUCGCGCCUUCCGCGCAGCCGUUGGCCUGCGCACGCGCGCUAAACGGCCAGACCGACCAAUGGUGUACGACCACAUAGUUCAGGCGAUCGAGCAGCCAAUCAGCCGAGCGUUCGGGAAGCUUCUACGCCUCCCGCGGGCCGUCAGACUGGGGAAAUCACCCGAGCCAGUGCAUCGAGCGAUAUUGCGUCAGCUGGCAGGAGAACCGCGAUGUAUUUCGAAGCCGUGGCCAAGAGGUCAGAAGUAGCGAGACCAGCCGAGCGAACGCAACUCCACAAGGAAGUAUUACUCUCCUAGCUCGGAAGCUCAGAAGAAGCAAGGAUAUAGCGAUUGGAAAACGACAACAACAACAACAACAACGCGCAAGGAUAGAUCGCCGAGUCGAGGCCAUGAGCGCGCUCAAGAGCGUAAUCAUCACGCUGCCCGCAAAGGCGGCGACCGCACCGACCAUCAUCGACAAGACGGCCGCCUCCAAGCUGAACUUCACCACGUCCAUCCUCAUGGACAAGAUCAAAGUGGAGUCUGCUGCCACACAGCAGCAGCAGCAACCGAGCAAGAAGCAGCUGCCGGUGCCGUCACCCCUCAAACAUAUGGAGCUGGACGGACUGCUCUUCAAGCAAGAGUCAAACCAGCCCAGUCGCGGCAAGAAGCGCAGGCUGGAUCACCUCACCUGGGAAGAGAAACUGCAGAGGAAAAAAUUGAAGAACAGAGUAGCAGCACAGACGUCUCGAGACCGUAAAAAGGCGAAACUGGACGAGCUCGAGGACGCAGUCAGACAACUCCGCGAGCAGAACGAAAGACUGACGAAAGAAUGCAGCAUCCUGAGAAUGCAGAAUGAGUCACUCGUCACGGAAACGAGGAGGCUAAAACAGGACAACAAAGAAUUGAUGGAGCUGAAGGAACGUAAGGAGGAGCCGACGGCGACUACAUGCGCGACGUGUCAAGCCCGUGUCGGCUGUACUGUACCAGCGCUGGGAUCAGCAGUAUCCCUUAAACCCUCUGCAGCAGGGUGGCACAGUACAGACGGCACGAGCUCUGACCCUGAGCUCAAGCGCCAGCAUACUCCUGAAGAUCCUGACGCUCUACCUCCUCUCGAAGACCUGUUUAGCGAACUCCAAGCCGACGACGACUACAUCGAGCGACUCGAGGAGCUCGCCGAAAGCCUUUUGCGAGAGGUUACCGCUGAGGUGGAAACAAAUCCUCCUCAGUCAAAUGAGCAGAGUCCAGUCAAAAAAGAAAGUACCGAGAGAUUUGACAAUACAGAAAAAAUGGUGGGGCAGACACCAAAUUAUGUGGAAGCCGAUACAUCCGGUGGAAGCGUAGCGAUAGUCAACCCCACUACGCAAAACAUUCCCAAGGGUGUCACAUCCAUCGUACCAACGGUGACCCUCAACUCGUCCGGACCCAUCACAAUCGCCGAAAACAUCGAGAUCAAGGAGGAACCCAUGCACGACGCCGAAAUGGUCUACGGCACUUAUGACGAGGCUACUAACUGUAUCACCAUCAUAUACCCAGAGGACGAAGUGAUCACGCGACUCUCACCCAACAGCAUUCCAAUUCAAAGCAAGCAAUUAUUGGCCUCGCCGUCGCACUCGUAUGACUCGAUGUCCCCAGCGAGCUUACAUUCCGAUGACGCGGAUGUCGCCGCAGGCAAACUCGACUCUACUGCGCACUCCGACGGCGGCUACGAGUCUCACGGAUCGCCGGCGAGCUCCGAUGUCGCUGGAGCCAAUAACGCUCUCACCGAUCUCUGGCACGAAAGCUUUUCUGAGCUUUUUCCCAGUCUAGCUUGAGAGAGAGAGAGAGAGAGAGAGACGCGAAAAUCGCGACAGGUUCGCUUCCGUCUGUGAUACGAAUUUAGAUUAAAUUUUUCGUAUUUAUUCUUCGUUCUAUUCAUUGUAACGAGCUUUUAUUUUAAUUCCAAGUUACGAUUCAAUAAUCGUCUUUUGUUUAUUUAAAACUUUUCAACCAGUGUUACGAAAGGAAACCUUGAUAGUUGCUAUCGAGCUCUUUCAUUUUUACUGUAUAUAUUUUUUAUAUAUAUCGAAAUUUGAAAUUAUUUGUGUAACAAUAAGAUAGAUACAUAAAUUAUAAGUUAGUAGACUCGUCAUAACAUUGUAAAGCGUUAAGUGUAAAUAUUAAUUAAGGCGUUUGUGUAUGGAAAUACUUAGUUUUUCUUCUGUAUAUAAUAUUUAUUAUAGAAUCAAAGAAUUGUAUUGGAUUAAAAUGUAAAGAAAAAAAAUAUAUGUAUACAUAUACAGAUUAUAUGUAUGAGAAAUAAAAAUUUCAAACUCGCUUUCAUAUGGCAUGAAACACUUUGUCCAUAGCUUGUUCAUUUCUUCUGAAACCUAUAAGCUUGAAUCUCAUUUUGACUUGACGUAAAAUAUCCGGCUACGACAUGUAAGCAUUACCAUUGUUAAAGACAUUAUUGAAUGACAUUCGGAAGAUUAUUAUUAAUAGACGUAUUAUAAGAGGAAGUAGAACGUACAACUACGGAAGUUCAGAUAAUUCAUUUAUGCAAGUAAAUAGCUAUAACUUAAGGAAGUUAAAAUAAAUUUAUUGUUUACAUUCAUUAUCUUCACAGGCCUUUUCAUUUUUAAUAACUGCCAUUAAUUAGUACAGUAAUUAAGUCGAAAUGCGCCAAUAAUUUCAUCUGUACAUGUAUCCAUUAAAUGUAUAUCAUUUGUACACGAAACAAAUUAUAUAAGAAAUUAAGUUGCAUGAUAUUGUUAUUGCGUAAUU